UCAAAACAAAAUGGCGGGCAACUCGAACUUGGAAACGAAGCAAGUUUUGUUAGCUUCAGAGGCAGAAUUGUACAUAGAGGAGCUAAAAACUUAUUCUUUGAAGGAAAUAGGAAGUCCAAAAUGGAUGAGUCAACAUGAAUACAUAGAAAAACUUAACAUGCAGGCCAUUAUAAGUGCUUCGUCGCAGGCAGAUGAAUUUAUCAAGGAACUGCUGAUAACCUUGGAAAAGAUCCCUGUUCUGAUUCAUGAGUUGCUAGCAGUGGAGCUUUGGAAAGACAAAGUGUUUCCAAAAAUCUUGGAGUCAGGCUUCAACCCAUCAACAACCUUACCUAUUUACUUUGUGCUUUUUCAUGAAGCAACAGUUAUAAGCCUGCUGGAAACCAUUCUUUAUCAUAAGGAAGCAUGUGAAGCAGCUGGUGACAGCAUUCUUGACCUUGCUGAUUACUGCCUCAGAAGAAUAUCACUGCUUAUUGCACAACAUGAUGAGGUUUCUAGUAAUGGAGAAUUGACAGAUUCCAGUGAUGAUCUUUCAAGCAUAGAGGAGUUAAAGAAGCAAGAUAAAACAAUAUUCUUUACUGUUUGUGUCAAGUCUGUGUCAAUUCUUAGAUACAUCACAGACUCUUUAUCAAGUCUACCUCUGAGUGUCAUGACAAGGCUACUUAACACACAUAAUACCCCUGUAGUGCUUGUUCAGUUGGUAGAAAAUCCUCCUUGGAUAAAAAGAGACAAAGGAAAAUUGAAGAAAUUCAUUGAUAAUGCUUGGAAAGAGAUAUCAGAAAGAGAAAGACUUCAGCUUAGCAAAACAGAGGGACAAGUCUGGCUUGCCAUUCAUCAACUUCUCAUGAAUGAAGACUGUCAAAGAAAGUAUGAAUUUAAUUCUUAUAGCAAGGAGCAAAUAUUAAAGCUACGAGGUUUUAUGAAUGAGGUUCUUCUGGAUCAGAUUCCCAGUUUGAUUGAUCUGCAACGAUACCUUGAGCAACUGUCCAUCAUGGAACCACCAGCAAUAAAAAAGGACAUUAUUUUAGAACAGGUUCCAGAAAUUAGAGAGAAACUUUUAAAGGAUAAUCAAGGCAAAUGGGAGAGGUUUGCAAAAUACCAGAAAAAGGCUUUCUUUUCGCCAUCAGCGGAGGAUAUUAAAAAGCAGGCUAAAAUGUGGGCAGACACAUACAAUUUGGACAUGCUGGAAGAACUUGUCAGCGAGCCUCCAAAAUGCGCCUCGUGUGGUCUGCCAGCGACAAAGCGGUGCUCAAGAUGUCAGACUGAAUGGUAUUGCAAGAGGGAAUGCCAGGUGAAACAUUGGAGCAAACACAAGCCUGCUUGCAAUCUUGUCGUCAAGUCAAAGACAUAACCAGCAAAGACGUUGUUCGUAUUGAACAUUUUACAUUGGGGACACCGUCGUAAAAGUUUCAAAGUGGAUCAUCAUUGCAGAGACUAUAACCAGUCGCUGGUCGGGAAAUGAGCCCAUGAUGUCGGGACUCGGUAGAGCAGCGGAAAUCGAGCCUGAUUCUUCUUACCUAAAACUUUAAGCAUUCAAAAUUGUAAAAUAUGUGAAUAUUUCUUACCAAGGAAUAACAUGACACUCAUACGUAUC